CGACAAUUAGUUAGACUGUCAAAUCAAACGAAUUUGGGAAUUUAUAAAAUUUGUAUGAAUUUAUUAGACACAAAGUCAUUCCAUCUCAGAGAUUUUCUCGACGCCAUCUCUGAUAACUACAACUUUGAUGAUAAGAGCGUUUUAUUGUCACAGAUACAAUCUACUAUCAAGGACCUAGACAGUCAUUCUGCUCACGUUCAAGAGUCGAGGACGAAACUACAGCGUACAGUCAAAUACGCAGAAAGACAACACCUAGAGAGGACAAAAGAGCUAGGUAGAAACUUUGAAGCGGUUGGCUUCUCUUUCCUCGAUUUGGAGUCUUCGAUAUCUCACGUGGGAAAUACUACAGUCGGUAUCGGUGAACAUCUCCAGGUGAUAUCAGAUCACCGUAGUCGUGCAAUAGCAGCUCGUGAUUUAAUUCAACACUACAACACUCUAGCACGUGGAAACACCUCACAAUUGGAUAGCCUACGCAAGUCCUCAGGUAAAGAUAGCAGGUUAAAUUGCGCAAUCUUACUGCGUAGAUUAUCAGCCUUGUCAGCAGUAGUUGAUGCUCCACACGCACAGAAUACUCACCAAUUGAUCGAUAAAUACUGCGAGAAGUUCGAGAAGGAUAUGCUCAAAUUAUUUGACAAGAGUUAUAGGAAAGGUGAUCCAAAAAUGAUGGCACAUUGCGCUCAAACUUUGCUGGUUUUCAACGGUGGUGCAUCUUGUAUGCAGGUUUACGUCAACCAGCAUGAUUUCUUCAUUUCGAAAGAUAGAAUUGGCAAUGCUGAUAAUAGCGACAAUAAUGCUGCUUUCUGGAACACCCUCAGCGAUCCUGAUAAACAAGCUCCAACUGUAGAGCCAUCGUUGAGUGCACUAGUUGAUGAAAUUCGUAGCACUGUCGAACAAGAGGCUCAAAUUAUACAAGCAGUUUUCCCAAAUCCUGCAUUAGUCAUGCAGGUAUUCUUACAAAGAGUAUUCGCACAAUCCAUUCAAUCCAAAUUGGAAGAUUUGCUUGAAAAGGCUGGUUCUUUAUCAAGAUUUUCAUUUUUAAGAAUGUUACAUAUAUCCAGAAUGACAAUUAGCGGCUUAGUAGAGGAUUUGAAGAAAUACGAUACGUUAUCAUCAUCUGUUAAAACCAUAGGAAGUGGUUUAGUAGCACCAGGAACAUUCGCUGGUCCUAGUGGUAUUUCAACACUCUUAGAUCAAUCGUUGGAUGAACUAUUUGUUCCCUACAUGGAAGGCGAGAGAUACAUAUCCCUUGAAUGUACAUCUUUAACCGAAUUAUACGCUGGUUAUUUAUCUAGUUUCACAUUAUACCACAACGCAGUGCAUUCCUCAAAAUCAACAUCCAUGCUCGAUAGAGUUGUUAAUCAACUUUCGGAAACAUCUUCAGCAUCAAGUUCAGCAGCAGCUUUGUUGAAACUCUCCGGUAAAAAUAACGACGAUGUUCUCAAUACACUUGAUGAAAAUGAUGGGAAGCUAUCGCUUGAUGUUGCUGAAAGGAUGUUGAAAUGGCAUGCUGAAUCUGUUGGUAGAUGUGUUGAUUUGACAUCAUCGAACAAUCUCUCGAAGAAUGUCUUUAAAUUGUUACAAACUCUCGCAGAAUCAAUUGGUAGAUCUUACGUAGAAACUGCUGUAGAUACCACGCUUUUCAAGCUCGAUAAUAGUAGAUCAGAGCCACCAUUUGAAUGUCUCGAGAUAUGCUCACCGGCAGAUCUCAUCACACAAUUGUGGCAGAGAUACGCAGCAACUACUAUCAUACCCCUUACCAACAAUGGUGCGAUCGGAAUGAAGAGAGAAUUGGCUUUGUUUGCAAAUAACACGAUAAGCAGGUUGGAAGUCAAACUGAAUGCCAUCUUGCAAAAUUUGAUGGAUGUCGUUAUCAACUACCUAGGUAGUUGCUUGCAAAAGCAACGCAAGGUUGACUUUAGACCAAAAGAUGAUGAUACCUCAUUCGCAAGGAUAAAUACAGAGCCUUGCUUAUUAUGUUGUGAAAUACUCUCUUUUGCUAGAGAAUCCGCAGUGGAAGCUCUCACUGGUUCGAAUUUGGAGAAAUUUUUAAUCGAACUUGGUGUAGCAUUCCACGGUUUAUUGCUGGAUCAUUUAAAGAAAUUCUCUGUAAAUCCAACCGGUGGACUGAUGUUGACGAAAGAUAUCGCAUUAUACCAAGAAACAAUAGCUAACUUCAAUCAACCAAUACUAAAACCGAGAUUUGAAAUGUUACGACAACUUGGUAAUUUGUUUAUAGUUAGACCGGAAGUGCUUAGAGCUUACAUGAGAGAUGACAUACACCUUUCUAAACUUGAUCCAGCGAUGUUGAGACCAUAUUUGGCCCAAAGAUCUGAUUACACGAUGGGAUUGGCGAAGUAUCUCGACAAAGAGUUGGGCAUUUCACAAACAUCUUUAGUUAAUGGUGGCAACUUAUACAGAGCUGCCUGGGCGUCACUUAAUAAUCCAUCAAGUACACCACCUAUACCAUCAAAAACACCAUCACCGGUGCCACACCUUCAACGACCAAAGUUAGCAUCAGAUGGACGUAAACGACCUGGUACUGCUAUAGGAGGACUGUUUGAGCAACUUGAGCAUUUGAAUAUUGGUUUAGGAUUGAAAGCAGAAGACGAUGAGAAGGAGAAGGAUUUGCAAAGUUCGAGAAAGAGCCCUGCGGAUGAUGUCGUAUGGCAGGUUAUAAACCAUCAAUUCUGCUCCUACAAAGUCAAGACGACAACGCAGAAUUUUUGUAGGAAUGAAUACAACGUCACUGGUUUCUGCAAUAGACAGUCAUGCCCACUCGCAAACUCUAGAUACGCGACUGUGCGAGAGCAUGAAGGUGUAAUAUACCUCUAUAUAAAAACUGCAGAAAGAGCACACACACCUAAACAUAUGUGGGAGAAGAUAAAACUCUCAUCAAAUUAUACAAAAGCCUUAGAACAGAUUGAUAGCAAUCUGAUAUACUGGCCUAACUUUACUAUACAUAAAUGCAAGCAGCGUAUUACAAAGAUUACCCAAUAUUUGAUUAAAUUGAGGAAACUGAAGAGUAGACAAGAGCCAAAGUUAGUUGGUAUAAAGAAAAAGCAGGAUAGAAGAGAAGCCACUAGAGAGGAGAAGGCUUUAUCUGCUGCAAAAUUAGAAAAGUCAAUUGAAGCAGAAUUGAUAAAUAGAUUGAAAUCCAAGGCGUACGGUGAUGCACCACUCAACGUUAAUGAGGACGUAUGGAGGAAAGUCCUUGAAUCAGACAAACAGGUUGAAAAUGAAGAGGAACUCCUCGACGAUGAGAGUGAAGAUGAUGAGAUUGAUAGCGAAGAUGAGAGAGAGUUUAUUGAAGCAUCCGAUAUUGAAUCUGACCUUGAGGAUAUGGAAGAAAGUGGCUUUAUCGACCAAGCUAGCUCAUCUGAAGGUGAAGAAUCAUCUGAGGAGAGCGAAUCGAGCGACGAUGAUGACAAUGACAAUCAAGGCGAAGAUAACAAAAAGAAGCGUAAGCUUAAACCAUCUAAUAAUACAAAGAAACCAAUUAAACGGCGACAACCUCAUGUUGAAGUUGAGUAUGAGAAUGAGGUUGAGCCAAUUACUAAAGAUAGUUUAAUUAAUUGGUAAAUUUAUAAUGUUAUUUAUAAAUUUAUUGUUAUUUUUAUUAAUUAUUGAUUUAUAUUUGUUAACUUUUGGU